AUGUCUGGUCCUCCCGCCCAAGAGGCCCCUGCUGCGCUCUCGUUCCAGCCACUCCAGCCGCCGCCGUCUCCCUCGGCUCAUCGUCGUGCCAACAGCGAUGCCACACCCCCGCCGCCGUAUCAGGCCGCCGUUCCUGCGAACCCUCGACGAACCGGCGUCAAGAAGCCCGUCUUUUCACAUGGUCACCUCUCGCUGCAGCAGAUAAUCCGCGAGGGCCCCAACAAUGGCGACUUUCUCGGCGCUUUGGAGAGCGCGAGGUGGAAGGUCAUUGACGAGGGCGUCAAGGCAGCCGAGGAUGGAAUGUCUCCAUUGAGAAUCUACGUCUGGCUAGUUCUGCUCGACGCCCCGAUCAUGUCCACAGACGAAUAUCUCGCCCUCAUCCACCGCGGUGCGUCUCCGGCCUAUGCAAAGAUUCGCAACGACACGUUCCGCACCUUGACCACCGAUCCUCUCUUCCGACGCCGUGUGAGCGAAGCCAGCCUGAUCAGGCUGUUGAAUGCCAUUGCUUGGCGGCUUCACGAUUCAAAGGAAGACGAGCGCCAGAGUCGCCCAAGCAGCAGCCACUCGUCUCUGCCUGCGCGAGAGGCCAUCGGAGGCAGUCAUUCUGGCCAGUCCCAAGCCAUGCUUGAGCCGGGCGUCUACGUGCAGGGCAUGAAUGUCCUGGCGGCGCCUUUCCUCUACGCCGCGCGAAGCGAAGCCGAAGCGUUCGUGGCCUUUCACUCUCUGCUAACGCGCGAGUGCCCCGGCUACAUACGAGGCGCCAUGGACGGUGUCCACCGCGGACUCGCCCUGGUGGACAAGGUGCUGGCCAUUGUCGAUCCGAAGCUCAGCAUGUAUCUGACGGCAAAGGGGCUGUCGGCCGAGAUCUAUGCCUUCCCCUCCGUGCUGACGCUGUGCGCAUGUACGCCGCCCUUGCCCGAGGUGCUGCGACUCUGGGACUUUCUCUUUGCCUACGGGCCGCACCUCAAUAUCGUCUGCAUCGUAGCGCAACUUACCAUUAUGCGGUCGCAGAUUCUCCAAUCUCAAAGCCCAAACAAGCUCCUACGUUCCUUUCCGCAGAUCAACGCGGAUCUCGUCAAGAGCAUUACCAUCAGCAUUAUCAAGAAGAUACCGGACGACCUUUACGAAGAAAUCGCCACGCACGCCAUGUAAC